GAUGGCGAGGAGACCGUCUGAGGUAUGAUCAGGUUUGUCAGUCUGAGCAAAACCCAUAGCCAUAGACGUAUGAACAGCACCGCCCCGUUCUCUGUCUACUUGUUUGUUUUAAUCUAUGGCAGCCGGGCUCGAUUGACGCUGCCUGCUGCUCCGCCGCUGCGGCUGCCUCGGAAUAACAAGGCACUUCGUUAAUACCAGUCCAUUGGGGCUUUCUCCCAUGCACCGAGAGAGCCGGAGAUCCACAAAAACCAGCGAGGCAGCCGAGCCACACUGCACAGCCCGAGCUCCGCACCCCGGCAUGGCUUCGGGAGACCUUUACGAGGUAGAGCGAAUAGUAGACAAGCGCAGGAACAAGAAGGGCAAGUGGGAAUACCUGAUCCGGUGGAAAGGCUACGGCAGCAGUGAGGAUACCUGGGAGCCCGAGAACCAUCUGCUGCACUGCGAGGAGUUCAUCGACCAGUUCAACAGCCUCCGUCUCCAGCGGGACAAGCGGCCCAGGCCAGCUAGACCGAGCGAGGCCGUGCGGGGCCGGGGGGAGGCGCGGAGGAAGAAGAGGAGCGGCACGGGGGUCACGCUGAAGCCCAGGAAGAUCAGCAGUGGCACCAGCAAGCAGGCAGGAGACAGGGUGACCAAGACUGUGACUUAUAGGACGGCGUCCGGCGAACUGCAGCCUCUGCCUGUGCAGAAGGUGCACAAUGGGGUGGAGAAUGGGGACAUCAAUGCCUUGGACUACGACGGCGCCGCCCCAGUGGACAAAAUGAUGCAGGACCUGGAUGUUACAAAAACACCCCUGCUGAAUGAAAUAGCAUCUACGCUUUCUAACGGUGGGAUGAACUUGCACAGUUCUGUGAAACGGAAGCUGGUGGAAGAGAAAGACUACGUGUUCGACAAGAGGCUGAGAUACAACAUCCGACAGAAUGAGAGCAACUGCCGGUUCCGGGACAUCGUGGUCAGGAAAGAAGAAGGUUUCACGCAUGUGCUGCUAUCAAGCCAAACGUCAGACAACAAUGCACUGACCCCAGAGAUCAUGAAGGAGGUGAGCCGGGCUCUGAGUAACGCGGCCACCGACAGCAGCAAGCUCCUGCUGCUCAGCGCCGUCGGCAGCGUUUUCUGCAGCGGGCUGGAUCACUCGUACCUCAUAGGCCGGCUGUCCACCGACCGGAGAAAGGAGAGCAACAGGAUCGCAGAUGCGAUACGGGAUUUCGUGAGAGCUUUCCUGCACUUCAAGAAGCCCAUCGUGGUGGCCAUCAAUGGGCCAGCUCUUGGCCUGGGAGCAUCCAUACUGCCCCUGUGUGACAUCGUGUGGGCCAGUGAGAAGGCCUGGUUCCAGACCCCAUGCGCCAGCACCCGGCUCACGCCCACCGGCUGCUCGUCUUACACCUUCCCUCAGAUCUUGGGAGUAGCCCUGGCCAAUGAGAUGCUGUUCUGUGGGAGGAAGCUCACGGCUCAGGAGGCCUGCAGUCGAGGACUGGUUUCGCAGGUCUUCUGGCCAACCACCUUCAGCCAGGAGGUGAUGCUACGCGUGAGGGAAAUGGCCACUUGCAGUGCUGUGGUUCUGGAGGAGUCGAAGUGCUUAGUGCGGAGCUUCCUGAGGUCCGUGUUGGAGGAGGUCAACGAGAAGGAGUGUCAGAUGCUGAAACAGCUGUGGAGCUCCACUAAAGGCCUGGAGUCACUCUUCACGUACCUGCAGGAGAAGAUCUGUGAAGCCUGAUGCUCAUGCUCCUUUGGGCAAUUGGUCAGGAUCAGUGCAACCAGGACCCCAGACCCCAACCCCUACCCAGUCCCACCAACCACAAGAAUAAGAUCCAAAAGGCCCGACGUUGCCCAUCUCCAACUCGCAGAAAGCAACGCCAUGCAAUGCGCAGGAAUCAACUGCUAGUGAACAACUUUCCAGUCCAUGUGGCAGUUUGUCCUCCUCGGGGCUGCACUGUGGCAAUGCGCUGCUGACGGCCAUCAUUCCUAGUAGGGGGCAAGUGGCAGUUCCAUCUCCCCGAGAAAAGGGGGGCAGCCCGUACCCUUGGAAUACUUGGCUGCUAACUGCUGGGAUGGUGUGAAGGACUCGUCUCCAUAGUAACCACCCCGACACUCUCCUGACAGGUGCCUGUCAUUGCAUUCCACAGACCUGAUGACAUCGUCAGGUGUCGCAAAACAACAUUAUCGCUCAUUUUUUUAUUUAUUUGUAAAUUUAUGUAAUGCUUCCUACUACAAAAACAGGUAUUGAAAUUUUGUUUUGGUUUUGAAGGCAUAAGAGAAAAUAUUUAUGUGGAUCAGUUGAGAAUUCUUUGUUUUCUUUUUUGGUAUCACAGGUUAUGGGUUUUGUUCUUUUUUUAAACCAAAGCUUUCAUGAAUAAUUUGAUCUGCUGGUCGUCUAUGACACAUUCCUAUAUUUUGCCUGACAGAGCCGAGUCCACACAAAACCACAUAAAAGCUUUGUCUAAUAAUGUGAAAAUAAAACUGUUUAUGGUUUAUGUUCCUAACAUUUAUGAGAUCACUUCAUUCUGGGGAGAUACUAUCAGCAUAGACGAAGGUAUGAAUUAUAUAAUAUAAUGAAAUGGGUAUGACAGGGUUUUUUAAAAUGUUCUCAUAGGAUUGAACUUUCAUCAUUCUCGGGUUAGCAGAGACCAGAUGACCACCUUAAAAUGGACAUUUUGUGACAGUCUGUCAGCCAAUAACAUUGUACCUAGCAACUGCCAGUACGCAAAAAUUUUGUCUAGAAUGUUCUAGAGGCUUCCCUCGCCUGGAAGUGGAUUGUAAAUAACAAUAAUGUGCAGGUUCCGUUUGAUGCAUGAUCUGUGGAAUCCAUGACCUUGUCUUAUGGUCGCACAUCUUGACUUGAGUUUAACGUAUAAAAGGGAGGUGCUUGCAUUUCUCUUCUUUAAUCAGUCAUAGUUUUCAUUGUAUGACAUCACCACAUUAAUUAAAACCAAUGUUUUUUGUUAAGUGACAAGGUACACAGAUUUCUAAAGCAGCCUUUCCCAACCCAGUCCACGCUGAACCCCGGACAGUCCACAUUUUUGCUUCCUCUCAGCUCCCAGCGCACCUGUGCCAUGUAUUCGGUGCUCCUGAUUGGCUGGGAGCUGGACUGGGUUGGAAACUCUGUUUUAAAGUAUCCAUUUUGUUGUGUGUGCCUUGUUAAGGGGCAUAUUAUAGAUGGAAAAUAGGAACAUCCUAACCUGCAAAGGCUGUUCAGGCCAAUGCAAGGGUGUCUUUAUUUGAUGAUAAUUAUAUCAAGCUGGGGAUUAAGAACCUCACACAAGGGCGGCUGCUAAGGCUGGGUUUGAAGCAGUAAGCUUCUGAUUACAAGCUCAGAGGCUUAGGCCAGUGAGCCCCACAGUACCUCCAAAUUGAUGAAUUUGAAAAAGAGGAAGAAAAUGGCCCAAGGUAGCAAUGACAUACAAUGAAGACUGCGAUUGGUUACAGAAGUGAAACACAAGUCCCUCCCUUGUUUACCCAGGAACGCAUUGAACUCAGGGGUAAUCGGGAUGUGUGACCGUGGUCUGAACCUGGAAUUCUGUCUCCCUAAUCUGGUUAAAACAGACAUUGCCUAAGAUCGGGUGUAGGGAACUCGCGUCCUUCGAGUAAUGAGAAAGUAGACUGGAAAAAUGUUAUUGUUAAAGAGAAGUCAUGAUCAAAAAAGAGGAAGCAAAAGCUAGAGAAUCAGCUGUGCGAGGUGAUCAGUUAGAUUGUCCGUGAGGAAGCAUCGGAGUCAUGACUUCUUGUUAUGUUUCAUUGUGUUUGUCAACACAACAAAGGGGGCCCGUCUGGCAGAAAGUGAAGCACAAAUACUGCUCUUCAUGUUACUUGGCUUUUCGCCUUUCUCUUCCCUUCUAUAAUAGAAUAUUGGAUGACGGAAUAUCAAUACCUGUAAACCCUGUAAUGUGUGUAAUAAUGAUCUCUAUAGGCCUGACUCAAUAUAACAUGUUAGGCUCAAACCACUGAGACUCUGUCUGACUUCCAUCCCCACUUUGGAGCCUGGCUUAACCACAGAAGCAAGCUUACUUUGUUUGGCUUCUUGUGAGUCAGGGCAAUGAUUACAUAAACUUAAAAUGUGAUAUUUGAUCAGGGAUGUUGUUAUAAUUUUAUCUCCUGUUGUUAUUUUAACACUGUUUGAAGAUGGAAUUCUCCAUAAAAGCUGAUAUGCAAUUUCAGUUUUCACAUUUGAUCGCAGUGUGGAUCUCGUAUGUAACUAAAGGGUAAUAUUAUAUAAGGUCCUUUUCUGAGAGUCCCCUUUAAAAGGUUCAUAUCGGACUAUAUAGAUUAUUGAACAAGGACAGGCUUUGCAAAAGGACAGAGAGCAUAACCGUAUCGGCUCGUAACCAGUGCAAACUACAUUGAUUCUUCCACCUGACUCUAGAUUCUUCCAUUAAGUCUGCGACUGAGCACAUCAAUAGACUGAAGGGUGAGGGCACCAUUCUUUACUGGUCCCAAUUAGAAAUGAGCCAACUUCCAGUUCUGGUAUCAAAUCAUGUUUUUAUGGUCCAAGCCUAGUGGAACAGCUGGAAAAUGGGCAGUACCUGUUUCAUCUUUUAGUGUAUGACUGACUAUUUUAGGACAAAAGAUAUCGAACCUGAUGCCCUGCUUCUCUACCUUGGUCCAGUGAAGCGACAAUACGUGCAACAGUCUCUAAACCAUUGAUAACGUUGGUGCGGACAGGAGCUACUUAAUUGACUCUACCAUCAAAACUGUUUCAGUGAACUGCAUGCAUUGAGGAGAGCAUGAGUUUAACACCCCUGAUUUAUGUACGGGUGAGGAAAAAAAACAGCAUUUGCUUCUGCUUUUAAAAUUAAAAUAAAAUUUAAAAAAUCGAGUGUGUUCACCAGGCCAUGCAGUUGUGCUUUAAUCCUGCUGCAGCACCUUAAAAUUUCAAUUUAAAUGUAAAGUCAAUUUAAAGUUCAAUGGCUUGAGCAACAUCGCAAUCUGUACACUAUAACCUUAAAUUUCCACCAGGAAACACAUUUAGCAUAACUUAAACCUUUCCAUUGCUAUCAUUGCCUUAGCUUUACUUUCUACAUCUCUGUCUUGUUUAUCUGGUAGCAUUAUGUUUAAUUAGUAAAGCAGUACUUACUAGCCUGUCCUAUGAGCAUAAACGGGCUGCUUAUUUCCUUGAUUAUGUUGAUUUGAUUGCAUCUUGCACACUUCUGCAACAGAACAUGCAUCGAAGAAUUUUGUUGAAUAUCUCUGAUUAAUGGCCACUCUCUAAUCAGUUCCUGCAUCUGGGGGGCGGGGGUGGCAUUUGUAAAUAAGGUAUGAAUGCCACAUGGAGUGGUCAGUGGUCAUCUGGGAAGAGAGGAAUUAUUCAGCUGCGGUCUACGGAGUAAUGACUUAUGUUAACUGUCAAAACAUUAACCUUAACCUUCUGCAUCAUCACCUGUCAGAAACUGAACGCCUAGUUGACCAUUGUUUGGAUAUUGCUUUUGUUUGUUUGUUUGUUUGUUUGUUUGUGUCUGAAAUCUCCAUCCGCCUUUCCAAGAGGCAUGGUGUGGUUUCUCUGAAGCCACACUCUAUCCUUACACGACUGAUGACUCAUUAGAGACAGGAGUCUUACCGAUAGUCCGUCAGUUCCACUUUCAUGGUCACAGACAAUCCUGGCUUUACAUGAUGCAAACAACAGAUGCUGUUUAUGGAAGGAUACCUGGAUUACUUGUAACUUUAUGAUACGAUUAUUGCAGAGUGAUAUUGACUUGCAGAGACAUAAUUUAUUAAGCUUGUAAUUAUAUUUGAAGAGGUCAAAUGUAUUAUUUUGGUAUUUCCAAUGCUCAGACAAUGUGUAUUUUUGUAAAUGUAUUUUGCCCUAAAGUGAUUUGCUUCUCCACCACAUUUUUCUGUUAAUUAGGCUGAUGUGUGUUGAAGUUUAUGUGCAGCAAGAAGUAGUUUUAACUGCAUGUGAGGAUGGAUUCAGACAGCUGGUAUCUCUGUGUGGGCCUAUGUAUUCAUUUGUACAAUAAGUAACAGUGUUGUAGCAUUGUGAAACUUUCGUAUAAUCUUGAGUAAAUUGACAACUGGUGAAUGAAAUAUCUGUGUAAACAAAGUAGGCUGUUUGUGUAAUUAUGCAUGUACAUAUUUUUGUUGUUAAUCGACUUCGCCUGUCAGAAUGUUAUUUUUUCAGGACUUAGUCUUUUUUUUUGUAAUUACUUGGCAAUGCUAGAAACCUUGCACAAUGUAUUUUUUAUUCAAUUCAGAAUUAAUUUCCUGUUUUAGAUCUGGAGGCAGGGAUGGAUGUGGAGUUGUUCGGUGCCAUAGUUUUAACCAUCCAGAAAAGUAUUGUUUCAUCAAACUGAAUAGUUCGUUUAACUGCUUCAGUUUGUGAAUUUCUGGGUGUUGACUGACUGGCACUUCUGCAGUCGGUACAGGAGUAGAUUAGUAUCGAGUGUAAAGUGGGAAUGGUGGAUAUUCUACAUGCAAAGAACACAAACAGAGCCUCCAGAUGAGUCUAUAAAAUUUGUAUGUUGCUUUACACACACAGCCUCUAUGUAUUAUGCAUAAAUGCAUGUCUUUUCCUAAGGCAAGUUUAAUAACAAAUGUUCCUUUUAAUUUAUGUAGGAUAAGAUACAUACAGUUUAAUAGAGAUUUACAAGUGAAUUUCCAUCUCCUUCACAAGAACAUGCAAUCUCACAGAAUCUAAAUUUAUUUAGUGCAAUAGAGAUGCUUUAUAUAUAUUGCAUAAGAGUAAACCUUUUGAUCUGCAAUUUUACUUAUUUCUGCCCAAGUUCAUUAUUUUUUAUUGAUAUUUAGAAAAUAUAAAUGUUCUAUAAUUUUAUAUAACAUUAGUUUGUUAGAGCUUGUUAUAGUAAAAAAUACGUAUUGGUACUAAAUGCUUCUGAAUAUCACCAGUUACCAAAACAUACUUUAUUUUACUCUUUAUUAUGUUGCUAUAGGACAAAUCAAAACACUGACCUCUAAAACUGUAAUAAUUGACUUUAUAUUGGAUGCAAGACAUUUUAAACAUAUUUAAAUGCUGUUGAUUUAUCAAAAUCUAUCCAUCCAUCCAUCUUGCCCACCUUCCAACUGCCCCUUCUGAACAGAAUUGCGGGCUCUUACCAAAUUUAUAAUUGAAAGGUUAGAAUAUCUAACUUAAUGAAAGUUUUAAAUAAUUAAAUGAAAUAUAGUACCACAAAGUUUACAUCCCUGUUUACUGUUUAUUUCCAUCUCUGGGUUGAGACUGAUUUGCUGAUUGUGACGGUUAACCCCUUCAUUUUCGCCAAUAAAUAUCAAAUUGAUAAUGGCCUAUAAAUUGGCAGAUAUAUCUCACACACAUAGAUGUACGACUAAAUUAUAAAACAUUACAUUAAAUACCUCUGUGUAACGUUUUCCUUUAAAACUUGAAGUGCAGCUGCAUCCCAUAUUAGGAAGUAUGGUAUGUACUUGCUCAAACAGCCCCCCCCCCCCCCCACCUUCUUGCUCUUACAGUGGAGAAUUUCUCAGAUGUAACUUUGUACAGUAUGUCCUCUUUACCUAGUCUAUGAAUUUCUGGGUGCCUUAGAAGUUGUAUUUUUCAUGUCUGUCGAUGAGAUUCAGUAUUUAUACUUGUGGAUGAGAAGCUGCUUUGAAUAAACCAUGUAAUUAAUUUGAA